GCGGACAAAGGAUCACUCAGCAUUCAGUCUCACCACUUCAAAACAUUACAGAGGGAAAACGACACCUAGAAGUAGGAGUGAGAUUCGCUGAAGUUCUCUUCUGAGGAAGACCCCCCCCCACGCCUGAACAGCCGGGGCUGGUGGUGCCUGAGGACCCCUUCGGCCUGGACAGCCCACGCGGGGUUGGGGGACCUCGCUCUGCCCUCCUGGGGCGGCCGUCGGUUCCCGAAGCGGCGGGUGAAAUUCGAAUGGCCAGUAGGUGGCGCACUCGGAGGUGGCCGCCGCGCAUGAGGCAGUUCAGUGGCCCCGAGAGUCCGGGGAGGGAGGUUAAUUCUCCGCCUGCACUAGGCUGUGAAAUCUGCAACCAUGAGCAGGGGAGGCGGCCCUGGUAGGGAAGAGGCCACCAACAUCUGGACGGCAGGUAUCCAGAGAGUGAGCAGCUCCACGCAGGACUGUGCACAGUGGCCGACACCUGCAGGGACGCCCGCCGGAUGAGCACACGGAGGGCCCUCGCCUCCACGGACGGGCCAUGCCGGCGUGCGGAGCAUCUGUUCUUCCCACUCUCUGCAGUUAACAAACCCAACCCAAACCACCACAGGUGCUCCUCCUGGGGAGUUUCCUGUCUGACAAAUGCCCGGCUCACUUCAAGGAGAAUCACGCUUCUUUCUAAAGAUGGAUUCACCGUUUAAAACAGAGCUCUGGGAGCCUUUCGGCAAAUCUUGAAGCUGCAACGGUGCAGAGACAUGGAUGUGACUUCCCAAGCCCGGGGCGUGGGCCUGGAGAUGUACCCGGGCACCGCGCAGCCUGCGGCCCCCAACACCACCUCCCCUGAGCUCAACCUGUCCCACCCGCUCCUGGGCACCGCCCUGGCCAAUGGGACAGGCGAGCUCUCGGAGCACCAGCAGUACGUGAUCGGCCUGUUCCUCUCGUGCCUCUACACCAUCUUCCUCUUCCCCAUCGGCUUUGUGGGCAACAUCCUGAUCCUGGUGGUGAACAUCAGCUUCCGCGAGAAGAUGACCAUCCCCGACCUGUACUUCAUCAACCUGGCGGUGGCGGACCUCAUCCUCGUGGCCGACUCCCUCAUCGAGGUGUUCAACCUGCACGAGCGCUACUACGACAUCGCCGUCCUGUGCACCUUCAUGUCGCUCUUCCUGCAGGUCAACAUGUACAGCAGCGUCUUCUUCCUCACCUGGAUGAGCUUCGACCGCUACAUCGCCCUGGCCAGGGCCAUGCGCUGCAGCCUUUUCCGCACCAAGCACCACGCCCGGCUGAGCUGUGGCCUCAUCUGGAUGGCAUCUGUGUCGGCCACGCUGGUGCCCUUCACCGCCGUGCACCUGCAGCACACCGACGAGGCCUGCUUCUGCUUCGCGGACGUCCGGGAGGUGCAGUGGCUCGAGGUCACGCUGGGCUUCAUUGUGCCCUUCGCCAUCAUCGGCCUGUGCUACUCCCUCAUUGUCCGGGUGCUGGUCAGGGCGCACCGGCACCGCGGGCUGCGGCCGCGGCGGCAGAAGGCGCUCCGCAUGAUCCUCGCGGUGGUGCUGGUCUUCUUCGUCUGCUGGCUGCCGGAGAACGUCUUCAUCAGCGUGCACCUCCUGCAGCGGACGCAGCCUGGGGCCGCUCCCUGCAAGCAGUCUUUCCGCCAUGCCCACCCGCUCACCGGCCACAUUGUCAACCUCGCCGCAUUCACCAACAGCUGCCUAAACCCCCUCAUCUACAGCUUUCUCGGGGAGACCUUCAGGGACAAGCUGAGGCUGUACAUUGAGCAGAAAACAAAUUUGCCGGCCCUGAACCGCUUCUGUCACGCUGCCCUGAAGGCCGUCAUUCCAGACAGCACCGAGCAGUCGGAUGUGAGGUUCAGCAGUGCCGUGUAGACAGCCUUAGCGGCAG